GGGCGGUGAGUGUGGAGUGGUGAAGUACAGGGGCUCCCCAGAGAGCCGGUCACCUACGCUUGCAACAGGAGCCAGUCUUACUUCUGAUCCUGAGGACGCCUUUCCAGCCCCGCGGUGCUUCCAGCUGAUUUGUGGAGAGAAGCCUGUUAGAAGACACCUAGUACAGCUGUCCCAGUGGCUUUUACUUGCCACCAAGCGGGAAGCUUAGCGGGUCUGGGGACAUGGCCAGAAAGGCUCUCAAGCUUGCUUCCUGGACCGGUGUGGCUCUUGCUGCCUCUGGUGUCUACCUCUACGGUAACAACUACUUGGACCCUAAUGACUUUGGCGCCGUUAGGGUGGGCCGAGCUGUUGCUACGACAGCUGUUAUCAGUUAUGACUAUCUCACCUCCCUGAGGAGUGUCCCAUAUGGCUCAGAGGAGUAUUUGCAGCGUCAAUCCCAGGUGCAUCUCCGCUCUGCCAGACGUCUCUGUGAGCUCUGCUGUGCCAACCGGGGCACCUUCAUCAAGGUGGGCCAGCACCUGGGGGCCCUGGACUACCUGCUGCCAGAGGAGUACACCAGCACGUUGAAGGUGUUGCACAGUCAGGCUCCACAGAGCAGCAUGCAAGAAGUCCAGCAGGUCAUCCGAGAAGACCUGGGCAAGGAGAUCCCUGAUUUGUUCCUCAGCUUCGAUGACACCCCUCUGGGGGCAGCCUCCCUGGCCCAGGUCCAUAAGGCAGUGCUGCGUGAUGGUCGAACAGUGGCUGUGAAGGUCCAGCACCCCAAGGUUCAGGCUCAAAGCUCCAAGGACAUUCUCCUGAUGGAGGUGCUCGUCCUGGCUGUGAAGCAACUCUUCCCAAAUUUCGAAUUCAUGUGGCUGGUGGAUGAAGCCAAGAAGAACCUGCCUCUCGAGUUGGACUUCCUAAAUGAGGGAAAGAAUGCGGAGAAGGUGGCUCACAUGCUCAGGCACUUUGACUUCCUAAAGGUCCCCCAGAUCUACUGGGAGCUGUCCACCAAGAGGGUGCUCCUGAUGGAGUUCGUGGAGGGAGGGCAGGUCAACGACAGGGCCUACAUGGAGAAGAACCAGAUAGACGUGAAUGAGAUCUCCUGCCACCUGGGCAAGAUGUACAGUGAGAUGAUCUUCGUCAACGGUUUCGUGCACUGUGACCCCCACCCAGGCAAUGUGCUAGUGCGGAAGCAUCCAGACACUGGCAAGGCCGAGAUUGUCCUCUUGGACCAUGGGCUUUACCAGGUGCUCACGGAGGAGUUCCGCCUGGACUACUGCCAUCUGUGGCAGUCCCUGAUCUGGACCAACAUGGAGCAGGUGAAGCAGUACAGCCAGCGCCUGGGGGCUGCAGAGCUGUACCCCCUGUUUGCCUGUAUGCUGACAGCCCGGUCCUGGGACUCGGUCAAAAGGGGCAUUAGCCAGGCUCCAGCCACCGCCACUGAGGAUUCAGAGAUCCGUGGUAACGCGGCCAGCUACCUGCCUGAGAUCAGCCAGCUCCUUAACCACGUGCCUCGCCAGAUGCUGCUCAUCCUGAAGACCAAUGAUCUACUCCGUAGCAUUGAGACCACCCUGGGCACCCGAUCCAGUGCUAGUUCCUUCCUCAACAUGUCUCGGUGUUGUAUCAGGGCACUGGCUGAGCACAGGAAGAGAGAUGCCUGUUCAUUCUUCAGAAGGAUCCAGAUAUCUUUCAGCGAGGCCUUUAGCCUGUGGCAGAUCAACCUUCAUGAACUUCUGCUUCGAGUGAAGGGCUUGAGGCUAGCCUGCUGGAUCUCAGCUCUCCUGGGCUGGCUGACUCGGGCUCCACACUGAGUGUGACUGUGGUCCCCUGCCCCUUCCUAGUGUCUUUCCACACUCCGCUUGUUCUUCCAUGCUCUGAGUACUCAUUCACCCAUGUCAGCUGAGGGGUUGGCCUGUGGUCCCAGGGUGGUCGUCCGUGGCACCAUCACACUCUGCCAUCGGAGCCCCCCACGGUAGCCUUGACUUGGGUCCUGGACUGUACUGGGAAGGGGAUAAAGCAACCUUCUUCCCAUCUCCCGUAGGGCUUGGUCAUCCCCACUUUCAUGGGGAUUGUCAGAAAGGACGGACCACACAUGCCAGAGGGCAUGUUUAACUUGUAGGAAAUAUGUAGGUCUUCAGAACUUGCUACGGAACAGACUGCGUUUUUGCCAUAUCACUCCCAAAGGUAUCUCACCUCAGCGAGGAAGGCUCCAUCUGAGAGUAAAGUGUACAGCUGUGGGUUCCUGCUGUCAUGGUGACACCUCCAGUGUUGUAUGUAUUGUGUUUCAAUAAACCCUUUCAAGAUUGCAGGGACUGUC